AUGGGGAAAGGGCGCAUGAAGGAGGUAGAGACUUGGCACUCCUUUAUGGAGACGCUGAGUUCCUGGCUUGCCCUGCAGGAGGAAGCGUUUGUUCGGGAACUGCAGCUCUGUAUCCCCGUGAAAACGGAGAUUGUGCAAGCUGACUUGAAUCCCGAGACGGCAGCGCGUAGCUCCAAGCUGUUCUACUACUUGACGCAGUCCCUCGCCAAGUGGGAGCGAGGAAGCGAGCUCUUGAGGUCCUGCUCGAAGAGGCAGGGACAGAGCGCCUGCGGCUACGAGGUGAUUCGAACGAUUACCUCUCAGUACUCCAUCGUGUCACGGAUGGAAGCUGUCUUCGUGAGAGAACAGUCUUUGAAGUUGUACCAGCACGUUGGGCACAUGAAGAGGCCCACCGACUUGAUUCGACAUCUUGAGGAUUCGUUUUCGAAGUCUGAAGCGAAGCUGAGCAACUUUCCUGAGCUUAAGCUGUCUGAGGCUGACCGCUGCUCUGUUCUUUUGCAGAGUUUGAGCGCCGAAGUGAGACAGUACGUGGUUCUCCACGGGUCCAGUUCCGACUGGGAGGCCCUUCGGAAGACGCUCACCUACUACGAAGAGCAGCUGAAGAACGCGGUGGUGCUCCGAAGGGCAGAGGGAAAGGAGACAAAGGAAAGCCGAAAGGCAAAGGCGACCAGACUCCCAAGGGAUCUGGCCCGUGGUUCCGAGAAGGGCCGAGUCGGGAGGAAGCGCCACAGUGAUGGCGAUGAGGUUUUCCUGUCCGGGGCGAGGCUCUUCGGACCUAGCACCAUCACCAGCGUUGGAACUGCUCGGAACUUCCUCAGAGCCCUGCUGGAUCCCAAUCUGCGGCACAGACAAAGCAUUCACCCGCGCAGCUACAGCUUGUCCGGUGUUCGUCACAGCCUCUACACCAGCACCCCUCAGCCUCGCAGUAAGAGUGAUUGCAGCGGAAUCCCGAAGUCGGCGGCAAACUCCUCGAAGCCUGCCCCACUCUACUCCCGGUACUCCCAGAAAGCUGGUAAGCCCGGUACUCCGUUCAAUCGCAAUCAGUUUCUCCUGGGCCCGGUAAUUCCCGCAACACACUGCUCUGCACCUUCUUUUCCCGACACCAGCCUUCCUAGUCAACACUACCUUUCCUGGAAGUUGGACUACCGAAAUUCCCUCAGCGAUCCACUGGUCUACUUCGGAGGCUACAACCCGAUCAACGGAUUGGGAACUGCCUCGCAUUCCCGAGAUCACGAUGGUAUCGACCCUCAAUGGUUCUCGACUCCCACUGAGCCGCAUACCCAGUCCGGGACCGACGCCGCGCAAGAAUGCGCACUCCAAAUGGUAACAUGGGCGAACUUCUCAUCAGAGACGUUGGUUAUGGCACUCAACAACCACGAAGCGUCAACUAGAGACCCCUUUGAGCAGCUUUGCUGCUUCGGCAAUCAAGGCAUCAGGCCCACCUGCUGGCCCCCCUUGGGUGAUCCAUCAGCAGACGAAGUCUGGUCCGCCUGCACCAACUUGGGUAGAUCUGAAAUGUACUUGGCAGGCUCUUCGGGCCCGGAUCGACUGACACACGCGGAGACAUCGGCGGUGGUCCAGGUCCUCCACCCAGAGCUUCAGCAGCAAACUGGCGCAUGGUCUGUGAAACCGCGGUCUGCUACGCAACAGUUCAGCUUCCGUUCGAACAUAGUCACUGUGAAAGGGCUGUUGAAUAUUGUUGGUCUCUUUCCAAAGCUACAGUUUCCGGCUCGACAGCUGGAGGAUUCCUUCGCCUCCUCGAGACUGACUCCAUCCGCUGCCGACUACGGCGACGGACUUCGUGAUGGUGAUGGCGCGGCCGCGCCGCUAGAUCCCUGGGCGGAAGCCGCCCGGGCUGCUCAUCCUCCUGGUGACGUUGAUUCUCUUGACGGACACGGUGAAGACGGCGGUGGCACCCGCCGUGCUUGGCGGAGGACCGUGAGUGGAGAGCGGAGCCUCAGUGGGGGCACUACGAUCCUACGAAGCAUGCCUGGAACGGUGCCUGGCCCGACAGCUCUCAGUGGGAGACCUCGUGGACGUCCGGAUGGAACUCUGGAUAUCAUCAUGGCUAUGCCUGGUCUGGGAAUGCUGCGCCUGGUGCUCCCGGAGAUGGCGGAUGGGAAACUUCGUGGACCCGUUCUACCUCUGGGACCGAACACGCCAUGGGAGACCGAAUGGACCCGUUCUACCGGUACGAAUUCCUCCAACAAUCCUUGGGAGAUGGAUUGGAAUCGCAAUGCCAUUUCCGGGGAUGCCUGGCAGCAGCGAUCUUUGACCUCAGACGGGAAUCCGUCCCGGCCACCUUCUUCCGAUGAUGGGGAGCGUCGCGGAGCUCUGAGUGAAAGGAUGUCUGUGCCUUCCUUCUCUGCGGACAACAACGGUGACGAACUUGGUCUGUCUGCUCGCAGCUACAUUAGGCAGAUCGAGGCAUGGGUCCGCGUCACCCGGACUCCCUGUGCCCAACAAGCCUUGCUGCUGUACCAGAACUUGAAGGGGCGUGCGUGGAUCGAGGCUGAGGAACUUGAGGUCGCUGAACUUUGUGUACCUGAUGGCGUGGAGAAGUUCAAGGCCUGGGUUGCGGAGCGCUACCAAGAGAUCGAGGUGGGCAAAAUCGCAGAGGCCCUCAACGGUUUCUUCAGGAAGCUACGUCGGGGCCCCAACCAGUCAGUGCGAGAGUUCAACGCGACCUUCGAUCGGGCCUAUGCGAGGUUGGUUGAGAUCGAAUGCAAGCUCCCUGAGACGGCCCGAGCUUGGGCAUAUUUGAGCGCCCUCUCCUUGUCGCACUCGGAGGAGCUGGCGAUCCUCGGCAGCGUGAACAAUGAGUUCGUGUGCUCCAGGCUACAACGUGCUGCGGUUCUACACGAGAAAAGUCUUCGCCGCCCCUGGGACAAGGACCACCCGAAGCCGUGGGAUCGCUCCAAGAACAACCUGAAGGUGAACUCUGCCAACAAUGCGGAGCCCAUCCCGGAGGAAGGCGAGAACGACGAUGAAGAUCUCGAGACUGAGGUGCCCCAGAACCCGGGCGAGGAGGAGCUCUACGAGGCGUUCAUGACUGCCAAGGCCCAGUACCGCGAUGCUGUGAAGGGUCGCAACUUGGAGCCGGAAGAGGUGAGAAGGGCCAUCGAAAGCAAAAUCCAGAGUGCGAAACAACGCUCCUUCUGCAGUGUCUGCAAGCAACGCGGCCACUGGUACAAGGUCUUCAUGACGAGUGCAUGGCCCGCUGAGCGAGUUCCGCUGUUGGGGGAGUCUGAUAACUUCCGAUUCGGCGCCUCCCGCAUCUACUCCUCUAACUACGCCAUUGUGGUCUCUUUCAAGGUGGGUUCUUCUUGGGUGCUCGUGAAGGUAGCAAUCAUCCACGGGGACCUCCCGCUCUUGCUGAGUCGAUCCGUUUUGGCCGAGCUAGGAAUGGUCUACAACCUGAAGGAGCACAAGGCGGACUUCGAGCCCGUGCGCGUGACCGGGUAUCCACUGCUCUCGACUCCUACCGGGCAUCCCGCAAUCAGCGUUCAUCCCGGAGGUCAGGGCAUCCCGCCGCAAGCGCGGCCAGACAUGUGGGACGCCAACAAGUGCGUCCGCGGUGAGGUACAGAUCCUUCUCGGUUCGGCAGCAUACAUGGCGGAUUGCAGCGGGGGAGCGGGUCACUGUGAAGCAUUUGUAGCUGCUAAUGCCCUUCCUGAAAGUCGAGAUCGUCAAGCACUGUUUCCCCAGAUAUUUUAUGCCAAGAAGAUUCCCCCCGAAGUGAAGAACCUCCUUAUCAGUGAGACGCUUUCUGUUGAGAACUUCGUGAAGUGGUGGAACCAAACCCGUAUUAUGUCCGAUUUCUGGAUAGAGACACCGUGUUCGAUGGUACGUAUCCAUGUUACUCCUCGGAAGUCUUUGUUCAGUCCGACGAAUUGGGGCACUCAACAGUCUUUGCUGCGAGACAAUCUCUUGAAGGUUCUUGGUAGUAUCAGGGAAACUUUCAGCAUCAGUUGCCGAUCACAGCGUGGUCUCCCCUUGGCAGUUGACUUCUGGAAUGCGAUGCCCACGGAAGCUUCGAACUGUCACCAGUGCCUCUGGGUCGGCCGCACAGUGUUCAAUCGUAGACCGAUUGCCCCAAUUCGAACUCCGCCCGGCCUCUCUGGUGAUGUCGUCGCGCCCAACAUGGAGCUGCGCAGCGCGAUCACCGAGAGCAAGGCGAUCGACAAGGCGGACAAGGGUGUUCCGAAGGGUUUGUCGGGGAUGAAGCUGGCAGACCUCAAAAUGGAGGCCGACCGCAUCGGAGUGAUCUACGACUCCAAGGUAACGAGGGGGACGUUGAUGCGCCACAUCAGAGACUACCACGAGACGCCGGACAACACCAUCAUGCAGAUCGGCCGCUACAAAGGAAAUGCGUUCUUCCAGAUUCCUCGCCAGUAUGCGGAAUGGGCGUGCCGAGAGGAGCGCGAAAACGGGAUCAACAUGAGUGCGGACCUCAAGCGCUUCGUCCUCUGGUACCGCCGGAAGACAGAGGAGAAAGAGACGACGCGCGGACCUUCGCGGCGCGAGAUGAUGGAGGAGCCCGAGCGCUAUGCCAAGGUUCCCUAUCCAGGGUCAGCAUCGUCCCGGUCCUGGGAGGAAGUGUCGGCGAUGAGCUCCGUGGACAAGGACCAGAGGCCACUGACUCCGUCGAGUUCGACAAUCCAGACCCCGACGAAAGCAUCGCCGGCGAAACGCACCGUGGAGAAGGAGACCGCCAAGGAGAGGAUGCACGUGGACCCUCCUUCUCAAGUCCUGGAGGAGAUCAAGGAGGACGCGGGCGAGGACGACGUCGAGGAGCUCUACGAGGAUGCGGCCUUUGCCUACCAUGAGGGCGACGAGGACGAUGCGGAGAUGUGGGACGAGAUCACGGGCGAGAACCAGGACUCCUACGUGUUGUCUCUUGGGUACUACACCUACGGGAACAUGCGUGGGAUCUGUGCGAAUACCUCCAAGUAUGCUUCGCUGUGCCUCUACCUGAAGGAAUACAUCCUUUCGAAACACCCGGAGGCAAAAUGGUCGUCCCUCUCCAUCGCCUUCAACUGCGCUCCCCGAGUACACUCCGACUUCAACAACCUCAAGGGGACCCUCAACUACAUCACGUGUGCCGGCGACUUUACCGAUGGAGGCGGUCUUUGGCAGGAAAAUGGACUCGUCAAAGGAACCGACAUCAUGCUGGACCCCAAGGGGCGAGAGAUGCGUGGAAAAGUGCUAUGUGCCUCUGGCUGCGUGGUUCCUUUCCGCCCUGAACGCUUCCACUCCGCUCAGGAGAGCGACGGCAACUACGACUCUGGGGUUUUCCUCUUCAUGAUCUUCGACAUCUCUCACGUGAUCGCAAGCAGAUUGUCGACCACUCCACCAGCCAAAGAACCAUACCUUUGUGGGAGGAAAAGCUUGUGGAGGAACGCGGCCCGUGCAAGUGCUUUUCUCACUUGGUGCUACCUUCCAUCGGUGGCUCUUUUGGAAAUUGGCGGCUUAGAGCAAACUCUCCUUGCCACCUCGGACUUCAAUUGCUACACCGCCGAGCCAAUCCCUUGGGAAGACAUACCCUACGACGAUGCGGGAGGCCAUGUUGUCAGGAUGCUCAACCAGUCGCGGCCCUCGAUGUUAUGGAUCCAUCCUGCCUCCCCUGACGAGUCCUACGAGGAGGCCAAAUUCUUCGAGGUCGUGGACGUUUGUGGCAGAUGGCAAAUACAGCAGUAUGGGUCAGUCGUGGUUCCGAUAGAUAACCUUUCUGUGGACCUUCGAGGGCGUGUUCUACGACAACUCAAGAACCUGGGCACCGUCAACACCCUCAUCCUCGAUGACAAGACGUGCUAUAAGGCCUCUGCCCCAAGUACCUCUACGAGUUUCAUGGCGGAAGGCGAGUCUGGAAGGGAACUAGGUGAACAGCAACUUCGCGAAGGGGCAGCUGGAAUCACAUUCGACAAGAAAGUACCCAAGGAUGUCGCAGCUGCCCUACGACGACUACACCAGAACCUCGGACAUCCUGCCCGUGAAGACCUGGUUCGUCAUUUGCAUUUGGCCGGGGCCGACAAGGACGUGAUCAAGGCAGCUAAAAGUCUCUCCUGUUCUACAUGCGCGAGGACCAAAGGACCCAAGAGUGCCCGCCCGGCGGCGGAACCCAAGCUACUGGAGUUUGGAGAUGUGGUCGGAGUCGACAUGAUGUAUGACUACGACAUCGACGGCAAGAAGGUCAAGCUCUUCUCCAUUGUCGACCACGCCUCCUCAUACCAAGUCGUGAUACAGGUACCCCGACAGACUGGAGCAGUCCUGGAGAAGAUCUUCGUGAAGCACUGGAUUCAGGUGUUUGGAGCGCCGAAGGUGAUCACUCUCGACCUCGAGCGGGGCAUCCAGGAUGCUUUCGGUCGGCUUGCCGACUGGUUCCACAUCGACCUCCGCACCAGCGCUGGACAGGCCCACUGGCAGUCCGGGUUUACAGAAAGGCACGGAAAGUGGUGGAAGGAGAUCUUCGCGAGGGUGGUCAAGGACCAGACUGUGCGAGGAGACGAAGUGGAGGAAGCCAUCGCAGCAGCAUCCUCCGCGAAGAAUGAACUUCGCCGCCGUUGCGGUUGGGCUCCAUGCCAGAUCGUCUUCGGCAAGAACCCCCGCGGUGACGAGGACCUGAAGUUUGAAGUGGAAGAAGGUGGAGGAGAACUUCUUCGGACCCCGGAUUCGGCCCAACACCGACGCGAGAUCAUCCGGAACUCGGCUAAGAUGGCUUUCUUCAAGUCGCGCGCGGAGGACAAGAUCCGGAGAGGGAUGUCACAAAGGGCGCGCGUGAAACCACGAGACCUCGACAACGGGGCCAUGGUACUGUUCUGGAGGAAGCCAGCCAACAAGAAGACCGGGCUAUGGAAGGGGCCUGGAGUUGUGAUUGGGCGACAAGACAACAACUACUGGAUCUCCCCUAGUGGUCGCUGCUACUUGUGUGCUCCCGAACACCUCCGCAAGGCUCUCCCGGAGGAGGUCGGCGGCAUGUUUGCACUACGCGCUACGAAGGAUGAUCUACUACGCCUGGUGGAGAACAACUACGACGACUCCGCGGGUGAGGACGAUGCCGAGAUCCAGGACAAGGACCUCUUCGAUGCCGUGAUGGACCUCUCCGAGGUGGAGGGAGAAAUCGACGAGGACGAGACCGGCGACAUGGACCUGGAUAAUGGUGACCUACCUGAGGGUGAACCUUCCGCACCUUCUCGAGGCGAUCCACCCCGCGCCGUCCGCAGGAGGUUCUCUACAAAAAGGCCAGAGCCCUACGACCGCCCCGGAGAUGGAGACGACGUCAACGAGACCUACAUGCUUAAGCGGGCCACCACGAAGCGCGGUCGAGACAAGCAGCUCGAGAAGGAGAUUCCGUGGUCUAUGAUACCGGAGUCGAAGCGGCAACUGUUCAUAGAUGCUGAACACAAACAAUGGGAAGAACAUCUUCGUCUCGGAGCUCUUCGACCCCUCAGCCUUGCAGAGAGCGCCGUGAAGGACAAUUCCGGGAGAGUGCUUUCCUCGAGGUUUGCAUAUCGCGAUAAGAACCUUGCACGGAGACGAACCGACCCAUCGGUCGAAUGGAAGGCAAAGUCGCGGCUUGUGGUGUCUGGGCAUACGGACCCGGACAUAGUUUCCGGAGCUUUGCGGACGGAUUCUCCUACGGUGUCCCGCACGGCUGUCAUGACACUGCUUCAGUUGGCCGCCUCGCAAUUCGACGCCGGAUGGGGCGUGGCAGCCGGCGACGUCACCGCAGCGUUCCUCAACGGUGAGAAGUUGGACCGCGAACUAUAUCUACGACAACCAAAACACGGACUUCCCGGACUCCACCCAGAUCAACUUAUAAAAGUCGAGAAAGGGGUAUUCGGUUUGAUCGACAGCCCUCGAAAGUGGUGGAAAAAGUUCAAGAAGGACAUCCAGGAGAUGACCGUCGACCUACCCGAAGGAAAGAAGGGGAAGUUCUUCGCGUCACCUUUGGAUCCUUGCGUGUUCCAGCUCAUCGAGCUGGACGAGGAAGGAAGACGGGGCGACGGGCGUCCCAUCUGCUAUGCGGCUGUGCACGUGGAUGACAUCCUACUUGUUGGACCCCACGCCCUCCGAGUUUCCGUCCAAGAACAACUUUCCGGAUGUUUUCCUGUCGAAGAGUGGGAAGAAGAUGUCUUUGAUUUUAUCGGUUCCCAUAUUGAGACCCGGCCUGAUGGAAUCUUCGUUUCCCAGUCCUCCUAUGCCACCAACAGACUCUUCGAGAUCUACAUCGACCCGAAGGCACCCGGUGAUGCCCUAGCUGACGCCGAGCAGGUCGCCGACAACCGCUCCCUGGUGGGUGCCCUCUCGUGGCUGGCCUCACAAUCCAGGCCAGAUUUGGCUUGUGGGGUUUCAAUGUGUCAACAACUACAAGCCAGACCUACUAUUGAGGAUGUCCGGCUCACGAACACCAUGGCAAAGCGCGCGCUGCUUCACAAGGACGAAGGGAUCCUCUUGGCGAAGAUCCCUCUCGAGGAAAUGGUGGUCACUGUGUUCCACGACGCUGGAUGGAGCAACGCGCCGGACUUCAACGAGGAUCCCGUCUACUUCCUGUGUCCAGAAGACGAGGAGGCCGGCUUGAUCGUUGAGGGGCCCUGGAUCAACAAGUCCCGGAAGACCAAGAAAAGGAACUCGAGCGUUGCUUCCCAAUUGGGCGCUCUGGUCAUGCUGUGCGGCAAGGACGGGAUCAACUCCAGUGGAGCUCCGGCCAGCAUCCUCGAAUGGCGCUCCCAUGCUUGUGACCGGGUAUGUAGAUCAACUUUUGGUGCCGAGACCAUGGGAUGCAUUGAAGGCUUCGAGCUUGGCCAGUAUGUGAGGGCAAUGAUCGACUCCUUCCUCACUGGCAAGAUCACCCGCGAUGCUGGAAAGAACAUCCCGAUGUUGGGAGUGACCGACUGCCGGUCCCUUUACGACCACAUGCACCGUGAUGGACUACCUCGUACACCUUCCGACCGAAGGCUAGCGAUAGACAUUGCCUGCCUGAGACAGACGCUGAAGGAAGAGACUCCUGAUUGCGAUGAUGCUAGGGCUCCACUUGUUUGGGUACCCACCCAUUUGCAAAGAGCGGAUAUCCUCACCAAGCCCAAAGUCGCUAGCGAUUGGUGGCCUCUUUCCGGGCGACUGAGUCUCCUGUAA